AUGGAGGGAAAUCAAGCAGGAUAUUCUCUAGAUCUAUUGAUAGCUUCGUUCAACAAACGAGUCGGCGAGUUACAGGAACUCGUAAUCGCUCGAAACAUGUAUCCGGCGAGUAGCAUACCGGAUUUAACGGCGAUCGACACGGCGUUGAGCUCGAUGGAGCUUCAAGUACAGUCGAUUAAGGACCGGGUACGUGAAGAAACCGAAGCUAUUCCAAAAGCCAAGAAACUUAUUGAGGCAACAUUGAAACAACAAGGGAAAUUGAAGAAGAUGUCUGUUUAUGCACCAUCACAUUUUCCUGAUAAGACUACAAUGUUGAAUUCAGAUAUAAAUAGAUGUUUGCUCCAAGAAAAUGUCAAGCUUCACGAACAGAAUUCGGCUCUCGUCUCAUUGAAAUCUGAUGAGGAAGCAGCUGUUUUACCUAAGGAGAAGAAAGGUCGCGGGUCUCCUCCGCUUUGGUAUAUAACUGUUGAUGAACUCAAUUCCCUCUCUUCAUACAUGAGAGGAAGACUCACCCUUGAGAAAGUGAAUGCGGCUAUCAAUGACAUGGCUUCAUAUGCUGAAACAAAUGCUCAUCUUAUUUCAGCCCCGAAACAGAAGCUGGCGGAAAAUCUCUGGGAGAAAGCACUGAAACUACGAGACAUUGUAACAACUGGUGUCUUAAAAGGAAAACAUUUCUUUCUUGAAACUGACAUGAAGGGACCAAUGCUGAAACUUGACAACACAGGCAAAGCAAUACUUACAGUUCUUCGUCACCUUGGUCGUAUCAGUGAGGCUCGCAUCGGUCAGAACCGCGUAAUCAUUCUUAUGAAGCCUCAUUAG